AUGGGUGCACAGGAUAUUGGCUUGAAUGCCCAUGGCCAAAUGCUCCCUGCUGGAAACCUUGUGCUUGUUCCUCCUGCUCCUGCUCCUGUUUCAGGUGGUCAGGUUUCAGGUGCUCCAGGGAAUGUUGAGCAAGACCUCGAAGAAGAUGCACUGCUGAGCCAGGAUGCCAUGAAGAGAUAUGAACAUUUGAUUUGGGUCCAAGUGGCAUAUUUUCGUUUAUGCCUCGACCCUGCGGUGGCCACUUCUGGGAGAUUGCUCCAGCAGGCUAUGCAAAACCUGAAGAACCUCUGUGCUUGUGAUGCUCUGGUGGCACAUUAUGAGAACAAUCCAGCAGAGGCAGCAGAUACUACAGUUAUUCGGCAACAAAGUACUCACUCUGCUGGAUCCUCUCAAGUGCAGCAGCAUCACAGAGCCAAACAAUUCAACAAUAUGGUUUCUUCUGUUGAACAGAUGGAAACUGUGGCUCCGGUGAUGAGCCCUACCUUGAGGCUCAUGGACAUCAAGGGCAAAGUGGCAGCUUCCUGUGCUGAUCGCAAUGGGAGCCGCUUUGUACAGCAGGCGAUUGAGGUGGCAACACCAGAAGAGAUUGUUAUGGUUUAUAAGGAAACCAUGCCUUGUGUGCGCACGCUUGCUGUUGAUAUGUUUGGAAAUCAUGCCAUCCAGAAGAUUCUUGAGCAUGGACCAAAGUCCUGCAAACGAGAGGUCAUCAGUAAUCUGAUUGGCCAUAUGUUACCCCUAAGCCUUGAUAAGUACAGUUGCAGGGUGAUACAAAAGGCUUUUGACGUAGGGGAACACGAUCAGAAGCUUGUGAUGGCCAAAGAGCUCAGCAGCAAAGUGCUCAAGUGUGUUCGCGACCAGUUCGCGAACCACGUAAUUCAGAAGUGCAUAGAAUGCCUACCGCCGAAGGAUAUCCACUUCAUCCUCCAAAGCUUCUGCAGCAGGGCCAAGGCCCUUUCUACCCAUCCUUACGGCUGCCACGUGAUCCAGAAAGUGUUGACCCGUUGUAAAGACCAAGAGAUCUACCACGCGCUGACAUCAGAGAUUAUGGAGAACAUUAACAAGCUGUCAGCGGACAAGUUCGGGAACUACGUGGUGCAGCAGCUGCUAGAGCACGGAGGCCACGCCAUGCGAUCCACGAUGGUGAGGCAAUUCGCCGGGCGCGUGGUGACCAUGAGCUACCACAAGUUCGCCUCCAACGUGGUGGAGAAGUGCCUGACCUUCGGGAGCCAGGAGGACCGGCGGCUGAUCGCCGACGAGAUCGUCGUCGGCGCCGGCGGCGGUGGUGGUGGCCAUCAGCACUUCGACCAUCUUGUGGAUAUGAUGAUCAAUCCAUACGCGAACUUUGUGAUCCAGAAGAUGGUGGUGACGACGGAGGAGCAGCAGGUGGAGUUGCUGCUGGAGGUGGCAAGUAGCAACGCGACGAGACUGGCGAGGUACCCGCAUGGAAGGCACGUCAUGGAUGCCAUGGAGAAGUUCCUUAGCGCCGCCAAGGGUGGUGUCCACGCAGACAUUGCACCCCGCUGCAGCCGAUGA